CAAAAAAGGAGGUCUUUGGUCUGGAUCACGUGUUUACAAAGUGACAACCGAUAAAGAGCAACAGUGAAAGACUUGACGGCAAGAAGAUGUCAGCAGACGGGAAAACGAGGAGAACCAACUUCAUCACGUUGCCAGACGACACCCCUGGUUACAGACUGGAUGCGUUUUGUGUCCCUAAAAAUUACGAGGAGGAUUUAUCUCGGGUCAUAAUUCCAGGAGGUUUAAUUAAGGAUAGAAUUGAGCGACUAGCUCGUGACAUUGUGGAAGAUUUUGAUGAGGAUGGCUUUGUCGCUUUAUGUGUGCUAAAGGGAGCAUACAAAUUCUUCGCCGACCUUCUGGAUGACAUCAAAGGACUCAACAGGAAUUUUGGGAGAUCUGUACCUCUCGCUGUUGAUUUUAUUCGACUUAAAAGCUUUGUGGAUGAUCAGUCCUCUGGACAGAUAGAGGUCAUCGGCAGAGAUAAUCUGAAACACCUUAAAGGAAAGAAUGUUUUGGUUGUGGAGGACAUCAUAGGUACAGGGAAAACCAUGCAGAAGAUACUGGCUCUGUUACAGAAUGUCAAACCCAAGUGUAUAAAAGUAGCCAGUAUGCUGCUGAUGAGAAUGUCAACGGGUUCUGGAUAUAAACCUGAUUACACUGGGUUUGAAACCCCUGAUAUUUUCAUUGUGGGGUAUGCCUCAGACUACAACGAAUACUUCAGGGAUCUUAAUCAUGUUUGUGAAGUUAAUGAAGCAGGCAAGAAGAAAUACGCGUCAAACUAACGACAACUUUAUUGUGUUACUGAUUGAUGAUAUUAGAACCUGGGACCAUAAUCCACCUUGGCAAAUGUCAGCUAAAAUAAAAAUGAUUAUAUAGCGAUUACAUGCUGGAUAAACAGUAAUUUUCGGAGAUUACAAAAUGUAAUAAGGCGGGAAAAUCAGAAUGAAUUAGAUUCUUUGUUGUCAUACAAUUUACCGCUCUUGUUUUUCAGAAAAUUAGUUAAUUUUUUUUAUAUCUCACUGUGUGAAUUAAAAUUUUUGAUUUCUUUUCACUCAAGGACCUGAAUAUGCUUCCAUGUUUGGAUGA